AUGCGUCAGCUGGGUGUACGGGUGGAUGCAGAGUGUUGCAUUCAUUACACUGUAGAUGGUAGUGACCCUGUGUCUUGUGAGGACCAGCAUACAGUUGGAAAAGCCCUGGCAACGCAAGGGCAGCAUCAACAGCAGAACGUACAGCAACAGCAACUGCAGCAGCAGCAGCAGCAGCAGCAGCAGACUGCUCCGGUGAGCGAACUCUCAGCGCAAACCACAAAUGGUACCAACUGCGGCAACAACAGCACCGCCAGUGGAGGCAGCAUGAACGGCGUCGGAAGCUGCAGGAAUAACAGUGAUGGAGCCAACAGCAGCAGCAACAAAAACACCACCAGCAGUAGCAGUGGUAGCUGUGGAUCCCCUGGUUUUUCUGCGAAAGCUGAGCAACGUGAAUCUCUGAGAACAAAAGAAAACCCCUCGCCGGCUCUUACGCCGCAGCAGAAGCUGUAG